GCGACGCGCGCGGCGGUUGGGCUGUUGGCUGGUCGGCCCUGGGAUCCGCCGCGUCUCCGCGAGCAGUCGGCUCUGAGCCGCGAGCCGCCGUGAGCUCUCGCAUUCGAGCCGGCGCCAGCGAGCCCGGGGGCAUCGCCCGCAGCGGCCAAGCUCAUGGCCGGCUGAGCGGGACGCCGCCUCCGCCUCAGCCACCGCCGCCGCCGCCGCCUCCUCCUCCUCAGCCGGCGGCGGCCCGGGCCCAGCAGCCAUGGCCGAAGACUACUGGGACGGGCGCCUGCGGCGAACAGGAGGAGAAGGAGGUCGCGCGGCCUCAACCCAGGCCGCCGCCCCAGGCGCCGCCGCGCCGGCCCCGCGGCGCUGAGGUUGCUCGCGCGCCCCCGCCGUCACUGUUCCAGGUCCUCAGGAUAUAGCCGUGACCUAAACAGAAAUCUACCUUGGCGGAGCUGAUCAUCUAGUUAUGGCGGUGAAGAGACAGACAGUAAAGAAUAAAGAAACCAAUAAGUAGACGGUGUCAUUUCUGAGGAGGUGAUGAGAGCUGGGGUAUAAUUGGCAAGGUCGCCAUGGAUCGGAUGAAGAAGAUCAAACGGCAGCUGUCAAUGACACUCCGAGGGGGCCGAGGUGUAGAUAAGACCAAUGGUGCCCCUGAACAGAUAGGCCUGGAUGAGAGUGGUGGUGGUGGCGGCAGUGACCUUGGAGAGGCCCCCACACGUGUCGCUCCUGGGGAACCUCGCUCUGGACGGGGCCCACUCAGCUCUGCACCUGAGAUUGUACACGAGGACUUGAAGAUGGGGUCUGACGGGGAAAGUGACCAGGCUUCAGCCACGUCCUCGGAUGAGGUGCAGUCGCCAGUGAGGGUGCGCAUGCGCAACCAUCCCCCACGCAAGAUCUCCACUGAGGACAUCAACAAGCGCCUAUCACUACCAGCCGACAUCCGGCUGCCCGAGGGCUACCUUGAGAAGCUAACCCUCAAUAGCCCCAUCUUCGACAAGCCCCUCAGCCGCCGCCUCCGCCGUGUCAGCCUGUCUGAGAUUGGCUUUGGGAAACUGGAGACCUACAUCAAGCUGGACAAGCUGGGCGAGGGUACCUAUGCCACCGUCUACAAAGGCAAAAGCAAGCUCACAGACAACCUUGUGGCACUCAAAGAGAUCAGACUGGAACACGAAGAGGGGGCACCCUGCACCGCCAUCCGGGAAGUGUCCCUACUCAAGGACCUCAAACAUGCCAACAUCGUCACGCUACACGACAUUAUCCACACGGAGAAGUCCCUCACCCUUGUCUUUGAGUACCUGGACAAGGACCUGAAGCAGUACCUGGAUGACUGUGGGAACGUCAUCAACAUGCACAACGUGAAACUGUUCCUGUUCCAGCUGCUCCGUGGCCUGGCCUACUGCCACCGGCAGAAGGUGCUACACCGAGACCUCAAGCCCCAGAACCUGCUCAUCAAUGAGAGAGGAGAGCUCAAGUUGGCUGACUUUGGCCUGGCCCGGGCCAAGUCAAUUCCAACAAAGACCUACUCCAACGAGGUGGUGACACUGUGGUACCGGCCCCCUGACAUCCUGCUUGGGUCCACAGACUACUCCACCCAGAUUGACAUGUGGGGUGUGGGCUGCAUCUUCUAUGAGAUGGCCACGGGCCGGCCCCUCUUCCCGGGCUCCACAGUUGAGGAACAGCUGCACUUCAUCUUCCGCAUCUUGGGAACCCCAACUGAGGAGACAUGGCCAGGCAUCCUGUCCAACGAAGAGUUCAAGACAUACAACUACCCCAAGUACCGAGCCGAGGCCCUUUUGAGCCAUGCACCCCGGUCCCUUUGUUCUUGCGGUAGACUUGACAGCGAUGGGGCUGACCUCCUCACCAAGUUGCUGCAGUUUGAAGGUCGCAAUCGGAUCUCCGCAGAGGACGCCAUGAAACAUCCAUUCUUCCUCAGUCUAGGGGAGCGGAUCCACAAACUUCCUGACACUACUUCCAUAUUUGCACUAAAGGAGAUCCAGCUACAAAAGGAGGCCAACCUUCGGUCUUCGUCAAUGCCUGACUCAGGCAGGCCAGCUUUCCGUGUGGUGGACACCGAGUUCUAAGCUGAGUUCUAAGCCACAGACCGAGGCCCCAGCAGGCAGCAGCUGGAGGGAUGCCACACCCCUCACAGGGCAGCCCCCAACUGCAUCCUCCCUGCUUGCUGCCUGCCUACCUGCCUGACUCAUGCUCGCCUGCCCACAUGUCCCCUGCUGCCUGUCUGAACACCCGACCAUUGGCCUGUCAACCCAUCCAUUGACCUGUCUGCUGGGUGCUAACAAAGCUCUCAUCGCUCCUU